AUUAACAUUGACUUUUGUUGACGUGACAGCCACGUAGAUGUCACGUCAAUGACACCUCAUAUUUUUAAUUUAAAAAUAAUAAUAAAAAACUCUCUGUUCUUCUCUCACUAUUCGCUUCUCUCUCAAAGAUUUUCCCAACCCAGAAAAAGAUUUGGCCGCCUUUGUUCUUCUCUGUUCUUCUCUCCGUCCACACUUCGACCGCUCCUCUUGCCAAUUCCAACCUCGAUUCCCUCUCCCGCCUUGCCAAGCUCGCCGCCAGCUCGCCGAAUCCAGCGCCCUCUACGCUGUCCUCAAUUGCAUCACCUCCCCUGCACAGAUUCAGUCUUUCCAAGAGAAAGCUCUCUCCCUCCUCCCCAACCUUUGCCUCGACGACGACAACAAAGUCGGGUCGGUCGUUGACGAUCCAAUCGACCAGAUCAUCAACAUUCUCAGGGCGCAAAAGAAGGAUCGAUCUGCUUCUCAUCUUUUCUCCGAGCUCUUCAAGAUCUGUCCCCUCCCCCGGCUUAUUUCCCUUUCUUUUUCCCCUGCUUCGAUCUCGCUCACUUCUAGCCACCCAGAAAACACAAUCCGAACCCAACUCACUGACCUUGCUUCUUCUAUGCCUCCUUCGAUACCAAUCGGUUUAUGGAUCUGGCGACGGGGACGGGUUUACGAAGGCGGAAUCUCAUGACGACGGCGGUGAGUGAAGUGAUUGAAAUCUAGCCGCUGUUGUAGCGAUUACGACACUCUACUUCGUGGGUUAGUGGAGCAGAAAUGGACGGAAAUGGGUUCUUCAUCGGGCGAGCGAAGGAAGACGAAGAGAAGCGUAACUCCCAGCCCGCCUCCUCCAUUUCCAUCGAGGGCGAGAAGGCGCUGAUGAUGAGGACGACAACGGAAUCCCUGGGACCCUGGCCGCCACCUCCCCAAUCCGUCGAAGAAGAAAGACGAUCUGAAACCCAAAAAUUUGGCGAAUAAUUGAUCGGAGAAGAGUGACGAUCCAAAACCCACAAAUUCGCCGAAAACCCACAAAUAAUAGAGUUUUUAUGUUAUUUUUUAUAAUUAUUUUGUUUUAUAAAAAUUGAAUUUAAAAUUCCACGUUAGAUGCCGCGUCAGCGCUGACUAGACUUUCUGUUAAAAACUAACGGUCAAAGAAGGUCAGCACUUACGAAACAAUAGUUUAGGAUACAAAUGUCAUAUCGAAUACUUUAGGACACAAAUGACACAAAGUUAAUAGUUUGGGUUUCCUAGUGGUAUUAACCCAAAAAAUUAAAACCUACGGUUUGUUUCUAAUUGGGUUGGGUCGGGUUGACCAUAUUUCUAAGUAAAAACCCAACCCAACACAAAAUAUGUAAUUAUUCUACACCAUAAAAAUAUUUUUAUAACUAAUUAAAAUUUCAAACGAAUAAACCGAGGUGAAAGGCAUCAAAAUUCACAAUUGUUCUUUAAAUUUAAAUAAAAUGUGAUUUACUUC